AUGUCAGAGAAAAAAAGUGAAGCGAAGAAAGAUGACCAAAGUAAGGAACAAUCAGAUGCAGACGCAAAUAAAAUCCAAACGACAAUAGAAAUGACUUCACCAUUAACGGAACCGGAAGGACGAGGUGCAUUCCGGAAGCUGUUUAUGAAAUUGGGAGAGAAAGUUGGUACUAUUAAAAUUUCUGAGCUUAGUCAGAAUUAUUUGGAUCAAGUGAAAGAUGCGGACUCUUAUAAGGAAAUGCUAUGCAAACUAGCAGAAAGUAUUAUAUAUGUAAUGCAACAAAAUCCGAAAUUAGUACCUAAAGCAGAGUCAAAAAUGGAAUUUGAAUGUCCGUUAAAUGAAGAUCCAAUGGAAUUACUGGGUAUAUCAUUGGAAGGAAUGAGAGAGAAUUUUUCAGCUCAUAUUUCGGCUCUUCAGGCUUGCAUUCAUGCAUGUACAAAAUUGGUUAUGCUACGUCGGUCAUAUCAUAAAAGAGGACGUAGAGCUAUUCAUUCUAUUCGAACAUUUAUUAACGUUGAUUAUGUGUUACUGAACAAUCAACGUCAUGAGCUCAUUAAAUGUCGAGAAGAAAUGGAUUUUGCAAGACAUGAAUAUGCAAAUAAUCCAACAGAGCAAAAAAAAGAAAAUUGCAAUAAAGCAGUUGCAAAAUUUAACGAACAAUCAGAAGAGGUUUUUAAAGCUUUAGGCACAAUUCAAUCGAAAAAAGAAAAACAUCGUUUGGAGCUUAUCAAAGUAUUGGAUGAAAUGCGAAAAUAUCAUAAAAGUGCUGCUGAAGAAUGUUUGCUUGUAUCUAAAUCAAAGUGA